AUGGCAGCGAGUCCCAUCGCCAAGGGAGACUUGCUCUGCCCGCAGUGCACGGAGAUUUAUGUGUUCCCCGUUCGGCUUCAGUGCGGACACAACAUCUGCAAGGUGUGUCUGAAGAAAUUCUGGGACUGGAAACAGACCAGAGAAUGUCCAGUGUGCGGCGUGAUGUCGGUGCCCACGAGGCCUCCCAUCAAUCUGCCUCUGAAGAUCGCCGCGGACCACUUCAAAGAGGAGAGCAGGAGCCACGCUGAGGACACCUGUCUUCUCCACAACAAGAAGCUGGAGAUCUUCUGUCACAACGACGAGGAGCCCAUCUGCCCGGCGUGUCGGAGCUCGCGACAACACAACGUCCAUGAAUGCUGCUCACUGGAGGAGGCCGCCCAACAGAAGAGGACUGACAUUUCUGAGAAGCUGGACUUGUUAAAAAAGAAGCUCAAAGAGAUGACGAAGACGAAAGAGCAGUGGGAGGGAACCAAGCAGUACAUAAAGACUCAAGUGCAGCUGACUGAGAGGGAAAUUAAAGAAGAGUUCAAGAAGUUGCACCAGUUCCUGGAGGAUGAGGAGGCGAACCAUCUGAAGCAGCUUCAACAGGAGGAGGAAGUGAAGACCCAGGUGAUGUGCAGGAAACUGGACCACAUCGAGAGCCAGAUCAAGGCCCUGAGGACCGUCAUCGGUGAUACGGAAAGGGUGCUUGCAGAAAAGGAUUUACCAUUUCUGUGGGACUACAAGACGACAAAGAAAGGAGUCAAGUGCAACAUCGGAGAUCCAGAAUGCAUCCGAGAUAUUCUCAUCAACCCAGCAAAGACCCUUGGUUCCCUUAAGUUCAGGGUUUGGAAGAGUAUGUCGACGGCAGUGCAGUAUGUGCCCGUCACCCUGGACCCAAAUACUGCUCAUCCAAAUCUCAAGUUCUCCGAGGAGCUGACCCAGGUGCAGUUCUGCAGUAAACAGCCGGUGCCGGACAAUCUGGAGCGCUGCACGAGCCGAGUGUGCGUCCUGGCAGCCGCCGGCUACGUCUCCGGCAAGCACAGCUGGACUGUGGACGUGGGUCAGGGCAAAAACUGGUCCAUCGGAGUGGUCAGCGAGUCCAUCAAGAGGAAAACCUCGGUGUUCCCAUGUCCGCUAGAAGGCUUCUGGAUCAUUGUCCAGCAGAGUGACUCCCUGUGCGCUCAGACGUCCCCACUCACUAAACUUGUGCUGAAGACCAGCCCACGCAGGAUCAGCAUCGAGCUGGACUACGACAAGGGGAAAGUGCUUUUCAGUAAUGCGGAUGAUUCGACUCUGAUCCAUAAAUUUAAGGACAAAUUCACGGAGCGGAUCUUCCCCUACUUCUCCCCCGGACUGUAUGACGAAUAUAAGAUCUCUCACCCGCUCAUCAUCUGCCCUCGGCCCCUGAGUGAGGUCGAUGGACGACUGGGCGUUAAAAUGUAACUGUCCAUGCCUCAGAUGCAGCAGGAGCAUGAGGACCAGUUCAGACCACAGCCUCAGGGUAGAACCAAGGCCUGGCUUCAUUACGGAUGACAUGGAUUCCUUUUGCAGGACAGGCUUUGGAUUCAGGUGAUUCAGUUUUCUAUUGAAAAGUAGGUUUCAUUUUGGUAACUUUUGCAAUGAUUUCAAAAAGUAAAAACAAGGAUGAAUAAAUGCAAGAUUGUGAUUCGCUCUUUUCUAGUUCCAGAAGACGAAUGAAUAUUAUAUAUUCUAGAUGUAGAACUCCUCUGCUGGUCU